CUGCUGGUAGGGUGCCUCUGCCAGUGAGUCGGCCGCGUGUGCAUUACAAUCAAUACACGGUGUAUGUAUUUAUUGUAGGUAUGUAUGUAUGUAUGUAUGUGUGUCUGAAUCGAUCAGUGAGCGUGAGGGUCAUGUCAGACGCAUGCGACGACCUGGAAGACGCAUCGUGCCUCCAGCAGCUGGCCCUCUGAGCCAGCUACCGAUCCCACGAUCCGCAGCACCUCCUGGAUGGGCUCACGGCAUAUCGGGCACUCUGGCAGGCUCGGACGGCGGUUGCCCCGCUUCCGCGCACGAGUCGUUAAUGGCUGCACACAUACACAGACACAGAGCGAGAGAGAGAUAGGUGCGAAGAAGCAAGGCAGGUGGACGCAGCCAGCCAGCCAGCCAGCCAGCCGUGUGUGUGUGCCCCUCCGAUCCGCCCACCCCACAUACAUACGGUACGUACCUCUUUGAGGAAUUCGCUGGAGCAUUCGAUGCAGAGUCCGCCAUGGCCGCAUGGUUUGAGCACCACAUCAGCAGCUGCACUGCAACAGAUGGAGCAGAAGGGCAUGUCCACCCCGGCAGACCCCUGCCGCCCAUCCUCAGGAGGACCCACAAACACCGCCGGAGCCGCAGUCGGCCGGGCCAUGGACACACACACAUCCGAUGCUGACGAAGGGAACGGGUCGGGCCGCUCGUCCGGGAGAUGGUCCGGCGGGCUGGUGGUGCUGGCGCCCACAACAUCCUCACUAUUCACAUUGCCGCCCCCACCCCCACCGCCACCGUUGGUCAUGUCUGUGGGCCGCCCGAUGAUUGCCCGUCGUGUCGCCCGUGCAAAGAUGGUUGCGGCCCGCGGGCGGGCGAUAGUCACGACGGAAGGUGCGUUGCUGAGGCUGGGCUUGUCGGCUGACCCUGACCGUCUCCUCUUGAAGAGCGCCAUGGCCCUCUCCUUCCAGGUGAUGCGGAUGCGGCUGGUCUUCCUCUCGAGGUCGAACCUGGGCGCAACGUCGUGGCCGGCCGGCAUGACGUUGGCCUUGGCGCUCUCGUCAGCCUGCACUGUCACGCGAGACGGACACUCGGAUAUACCAGACGAGAAACCUAAGCAAAGCAUCACAGACAGACCGAGGCGGUUGGCUUCGUUCGCUGUGUGCUGCGGUUGGUUGUCCGUGUGUGCGUCAGUGAGGUCAGUGAGUGCGUCAGUAACUGACCUUGUUCCUCUACGAGGAAUUUGUCAAGUCCCCUUUGGAGUCUGGAGAGGUCACCGUAGAGGGCGUCGCUGACCUCCGACUGGUGGUCGCCCGGGUCCGUGUGCUGGUCCUUGUCGCCACCCACUGGCACCGGUGAGCCCGCCCCACCCUCUCCACCCUCCGGCUGCUGCUGCUGCUGCUGCUGCUGCGAGGAGGGGUCAGCUCCCUCCUGCUGCUGUCUGGAUGUCGUGCAUGUGGCACAUGCGCAAGACGAGACCUUUUGGAGCCGCAAAGCUGGGCUUCUGCACGCCUCGGUUUCAGAGGCGAUGGACCCCUCGCGAUCGUCCGACUCGCCUUUGCCGCCAUUGGCCGGCUGGGGCCGGGGCUCGGACCCCUCACUCCCAGACUUGGCCGCCUUGCACGGCCGUCCACCCUGCCCCUGCCCCUGGCCCUGUGCACGGGGGUGGUUGUUGGCCGCCGAACGACGGGAGUCAGUGCUGCCGAUGUCAGACGAAUCGUCAUUGAACCUGAUGAAAUAAAUAGAAUACACGGGGAGGAAGGAAACACACGUAAGUAAAUGAUACCUUCCUUGCUUGCUUCUGUCUACGUGCGGCACUCAGUUAACUGUCUGCGUGUUCACCUCACCGCCCGCCUCCCUCCCUCCCUACCUAAAGAAAGUGUUAUUGACUUUAGUGAGAGUGGAUCUGCCCGAGUCCGCUGGCGUCCUGAGGGCGGCGGCGUCGUGUGCCUCGGAGCGCGCGAGUGGCGAGGCCAGGUCCAUGCGAUCGAGCUUGGGUGGGGUGGCGGCUGGCAUGAGGGAGGGGGAGGCCAGCUGCGACUGCUUCAUGCGAGAGAGGGGGCUGAGGCCGCUGGUCGACGGAGGUGCGCCGCCGUGGAAGGCUGCCUGGUGCUGGGGGCGCUGGCUGGGCGAGAUGACGUAGUAGUGUGUGGAGAAAAGCACCACGUCACCCAGCUGACCCGGCGACACACCCCCCCGGUUGUUGAGGCUGGUGGCUCCGUCGGGCAGCCCCCCCGACCCGCCCCACAGCAGCCCCGCACCCGACAUGCCCGUCACGCUGCUGGCAGAUGGGGUGGCGGCGUCGACGCGGGACGAGGGGGUGAUCAUGUCGAGUAUGUUGGAUGACGACUGCUGAUGGGGGCCGACGGCCGGCCCCUCCAUCCCGAACCCCUGAGGGCCGUACUCGACGUCAGUCGACGGCGACGCCGCAUCGCGAUCCUCUCCCUCAGCAGAACCUGAUGGAAGACACAUACACAACGCAGGUGGCAGAAUUCCCGACCCAUACAUCCCAUGCCAUGCAGCCAGGCAGCUGGGCCAGCCACGCCUUUUUUCGUGCAUGCCAUGCAUUGACUGUAUGCAUCCAUCCAUCCCUCCCUCCCUACCCCAUGGGCCUUGUCCGCCUCGGUGUCUUUGUUGUUUGCCCUCGAUGCGAUAAACGGGUGGGGUGACGGUGGCCGAGUGUGUCGACUGCAGCUCCAGUGGCGUAAGGCACUGACAGUCGCUCGCUUUGCGGCACUGGUCGCUGCUGCACGAGGCCCUCUCAUGGCGGCCGUCGUCGUACCGCACGUCCCUCUCGCGCAGCACUAUGACGCGCCGCCUGUCGGGGUCCGACUGGUGGUCCUUGUCAGGCUGCUUCCGCAGCAUGCCCUUCCUCGACGUGAUGUGGGAUGUUAUCUCCUUAAGCGCACUCGAACGAGAACGCCCUGCACUCACACAUACACACAAACAUACAUACCAACGUGGCAGAUGGCCAACGACGUCGAUCGAUCGAUCAGUGAGUGUGUGUGUGUGGUGGGUAUGUACAUUGCCACAGUAGUGCGGCGGGUAGAAUGAUGAUGACCAGGCAUCCAAUCGGCAAGAUCAAAUAGUACACAUACCAACCUAAACACACACACACACAGUCGACACACCCAUAGAUAUUCGAUCCCAUCUGGUGUGUCCUGUCUGUCUGUCUGUCUGUCUGUCUGUCACUCACCGCGUUGCGAGCCCUUGUCCUUGUCGAUGUGUGUGUCGGUGUCCCCACCGUCCGUGUCGCCCUCAGCCGUCUCCUUGGCCAGCACGAGGGAGCGCUGGUAGUUGUGUUGAUUGAGCCACACCACUCCAUCCCCGUCAGCACUGCUGGUCCUGCGCGCCACCUCCAGGUGCACGUCGAAGCCCAUCCCGCGGCUGCCCGUGCAGUUGUGGCCUGCAAAGGGCAUCGCCUGGAUCUUGAUCAAGCGACCGUCCUCAGGCGGAGUGAAGAACGUCACGGAACUCACUCCACGCUGAGACAAACCAUCACCUGCACCCAGCCAGCCACAGCCAGCGAAAGGAGGGGGAUUGCCUGCCUGUGUGUGUGUGUGUGUGUGUGUCAAGUAUGUGCCCGGCCUGCAAGCGUGACUGCCGCCCACCCACCCACCGACCCUUGUCUUUGCUGCCUUGGUCUUGGCCCUUGACCUCGCCCUGCAUGUGGGCGACAGCGGCUCGGCCGUUGACGUAGUAGCAGACACUCUGAGGUGUGCGGUGUUCUUUGGGGAAUGUGAUGGCGGCAGCGCUGAUGCUGAGUGAGGUGGAUGAGGGAACCUGCAGCAGCGGCACCUCAAAUAUGUCGUGGGACAUGCUCGUCGGCGACUGAAAAAAGAACGACGGCGAGUCGGCCCCUACGCCAUUCACUGACAGACGGGAUAUAGCAAAACCUGAGUAAUGAGUGGAGAGACAGACAGACAGACAGACAAGACAGCCAACCGAUAGAUAGGCAGAUAGAUAGAUACGUGGAAUGGGAGCGGAUGCCCCACACCACCCCUCAGCCCACGUCAGGUUUGAUUAAGCUGACUGGCUGACUUACCGGCCUCUCCUUGGGUGGCAUUGGCGGCUGCGUCUUGUUCGACUUGGCGGGCCUUGUCUGCGCCUGGCCCCUGGUCCGUCUGCCGCAUCACGUCCUCGGGCCGGUUGACGGUCUCCAAGUUCUUGAUGCGGGCGUCCUGACACUCCACGGACAGCCGGAACUCCCCGAUGGCGUUGGAAUACCCCGCAACCACUAUAAUGUAGUUGCCCGGCGGCACGUCCACCGUCAGGCGGCUCUUGAGGUAGCCGAACGACUCGAAGGCCUCGUCGUUGUAACCCACACAGUAGUCGCUGCCGUAGGCCUCUCGGUGCCUGGCCGCCGUGGCAUCCCUGUCCUUGUCGCUGCCCGAGAAGAGGGCCAGUCCAGCUGCAUCGAUGGGAGGGCCCCUGUCCUGGUGGGCCUUCAUCUUGCCACUCGACUGGGCCCGCUUGGUGGAGUCCCGGCAGUCGGCCAGGACGGCUAUGAUGGUGUCGAAGGACGUCAGCAGGUGGUCCGUGCUCACAGUCAAAGAAAUGCUCGCGUCCGACGCAUUGAUGUUGCCACGCGGAUUCGACGUCCACGGCCGAAGCGACAACGAAUACAGAAUCUGACUCACACAGACAGACAGACAGACAGACAGACAGACAAGGCACACCACAUGGCAAGAACAAUCACUUGCAGAGGUGGCACUUGCUCUCCACCUGUGGGCUUCCCGAUGUAAGCCCGCAUCCAGCCACGGCCUCAGCCGUGCUGGCCCUGUUGGAUGCGUCAAUGACAUCACCGCAACUAAGGGAGUUCUCUGGAUGUGCCGUCAGGGAUGCGGCCCAGGAGGGGUGUGGCAGGGGCGGCGACAGAUUGGUGAGGGGGCAGAGGAAGGGCAGUGGCGUCCUGCCGUCAUCGCCUGCGACCUCCUCAUCUUCCUGUGCACUUGUCGUGUCGGUGUCGUUGGCCGUGUCGCUGGCGUCCUCAUCGGUGGUGUUGAGUGCGGUGGUGGGUGCCGUCGAGUAGAGGACGAUGCAGUCCCAUUGUUCGUCUUGCUGUUCGUCCUUCUCUGCCAUGGCCUUGACCAUGCCCAGGUCGCCCCCCUGCCUCAGGAACCGCCCGUUGCGCGAGAGGGUGGUGGCCGUGGUCCUGGCGCGCUUGGGUGGGCUGCGGCUGGUGGUGCCGGGCGUGGCGUCCAGAUCGGUGCCGUUGUUGGGACAGCCGUCCUCUAUCGGCAGACAUUGCGCAAACACCUGAUAGAUCAAUGGACACACGACACGACCUCGUCAUGGUCACUGGCUGGUCAAAGAGUGUCUUGUCUGGGUGGGUGGAUGGCUCACUUCGUUCUUUCGCAGACAGACAUAUCCCGGGGCAUCACAGCAUUGGGUGUCCUGACACUCAUCCAGUGGACCAGACGAACAGGCUGACACACACACACACGCAUACGGUCAUCCACUCCACGCAGCCCAGCCCCCCACACCCCAUAUGUCUGUCGGCUGUAAUAGUGUGUGACCUGCUCUGGGCAGUUUGGCACAGGUCCAGCUGAAGGGGUCAGGUUCCUCGGGCGGUGGGCAGGGCUCGUUGAAAGGACGGCACUGAGCGUAGUACUGAUAGAACCAAACGAGGGAGGGAACAGCGCAACGGUCGGUACACACGUGUGCACAUUCUGAUUUGGUGUCGUGUGGUCCAGAGUGGGUUGCUUGGUUGCUUGCCUUGUCCUUUUCCUUGCAAUGGAAUCCGGGUGUGGAGCAGCAUUGGCUCUCAAGGCACGGCUGGAAGGGGGGCGUGGAGCACUCUGACCAUUCCAUCCACACACACACACACACGUGGAUGCACACACACCACACGCACAAGCAGUCCUUACUUACCAGGUUUGGGUAGGAAGCUGCAGGUCCAGUCGGCAGGCUCCGGGUCGAAGGCAGGCGGGCACGGCUCCUCCACCGGACGACACUGGGCGUAGUACUGGGGGGAUUCACACACACACAACCGUCACGUCAAUGUCAAGCAUCAAUCAAUAGUCGGGUGGGUGCGUGCGGUCAACGUCUGUCUGUCUGUCCGUCCGUCUGUCUGUCUGUCUGUCUGUCUGUCCGUUUGCUGACUGCCUGCCGGACUUUGUUUUUUUCCUUGCAGACAAAUCCCGCGGUGUUGCAGCACUGCAUGGCCGUACAUGCCUCGAAGGGACCGAUGGGACAAUUAUCAGCCCCGUUGAACACUGACACACACAAACACCACACCAGCGCUUCACACUAACUAAGAGGCCGUUUGCUGUCGGUGUGCCAGCCUGUCCGUCUGUCUGUCUGUCUGUCUGCCUGACCUAAGGAUGGUCGACCUGGAGCAUCGGCCUCUUCGGGCAGAGCUGGUAGGUUCCGUUGUCGGGCGGUCGUCGCGUUGAAAAACGCCUCAACAACACCGCCGCCCUCAGUCACACUUUCAAUCGCCUGACAGACAGACAGACAGACAUCGAAGGCCGGAGGGAAAGGAGGAAGGAAGGAAAGAGGCUUCAGCGCUUCGGUGAGCGUGUCAGACGCCUCUGUGCCAUCUAUUAUCAGUCAGCCCAGCACCACCCACCCACCUGAGUGACCACCGGUGCGUGGGCUGCUGGCCAUAUUGUGUAUGACGGGAGGACUGCUGCUCCUGCCAGGAGGCGGACGAUAUGCCACAUAGCACAGCCACUCUGGCGUGCGAGGUCGGUUAGCCCAGCCCCUGCC